ACCAAAUCCUGGAACAGUCGGAAUACGACCUGUAAGUAACAGGCAGAGAAAUAGGCUGAAUCAAGUUAGAAGACAACGAAAUCAACGAAACAUAAAUGGAUUAUCUCAUGGGCGUGUUCAACGCGGAGUACCCAUCAAUAAUCAAGACAUGUUAGAUGACAUUGCGAAUCUGCCUCGACAAUUACGGCCAUACACAGUGAAAAGCACCGGAACCCGUCCGAUCUCCGAAGUUAAGCCACUGAUGGCCCAGUCAUUACCUGGAAAUAAAACAUUUUUCCCGUUAAUUGUCGAAACCAAAGCCGAGAAAGAACAUAAUAACUAG